AUGACCUACUUCUCAAAUGAUCCCAGAUGUCCAGAUCUAACGUUAACAUGCAGUUUGGCAGUUGCUGCUGGCGUCGUGGUGGUAUAUGAUUGGGUCUUGACACUCGGACAAGAGAUUGAACUCAUCUGGCGUGGUAGGCAAGUUGCGCUGACUCCCCAAUGUUCUAGAUACGCUAUAUUGGAAUACCAUAUUCUGUUAUCUAUCUUCUGGGCAUGUCACAUAUGUGCUGUGUUCCAUUUUUCUGACCAGCGGCACACAGAAUUUGCGUCAUCGGUAUCGCUGACAGAUGCAGAGUGUUAUAAUAUGAGCUACGCAAUAAAUGGGACAAAUGAGGCCUUGACCGCCAUAUUGGGCGUCAUCAUGAUUGCUCGGUUGUAUGCCAUGUAUCAGGGAUCUAGAAAGAUGCUUGUGUUCCUUGUUAGUAUCUUCCUGGCUGUAAACAUCGCCUGCGGAGUGAUCACGAACAUGGCUCUCAUUGGACAAACACCAGAGGAGUUCAUACUCUCCGAUACAUAUAUGUGCGGUUAUGUAUAUAAAGGAGACGUCCAGCUUCAAGAUUCAAUGGUUUGGAUGCUCAACACUGUCUGGGAAGUCCUCGCACUGUGUCUUUCAGUUUGGAUUGCUGUGAAACACUUCCGUGAGCUGCGACGACUCGGCCCAUCCACGGGAUCGACCAUCGGGGACUGUUUCAGAGUGCUGAUACAAUCUCACAUUCUUUAUUUUGCAAGUUCCGCACAUGUUAGCUUUGCUGGUGUCUCUUGCCUCCAACUUGCUAAUCUCUCUCCAGAAAUCACGAUAUUUGUGCUGGGACCACGUCUCAUCCUGAGCGUUCGAGAAUACCACGCCAAACUCGUGGCAUACUCCGACGCAGAAACUAGCAUGAAUUCAAUUGUCUUCCAGGAGCAUAUUAGUCAGGUCAACCGGCAUCACUACCGGAACGGGGUAGCUACUCACAUAUGCUUGCACCAAGUGGUGAGCCGAAAUUAUGCGGAAUGUUACAAUGGGGAGCUCGAGCAGGGGUUCGUGGAGACGGGGUUGGCAGGAGAGCAGGGCUAG